UCUUCACCUAUAGACUUACUUUGUAGUGUUUGGCUAGAUGGAAGUUGACUUGUCAAAAAUAACUCUUCGACCAUUCAAGCUAGAAGACGCCGAUGAUUUCCUCUUAUUUGCAGGCGACGAUCAAGUCACCAAUUACCUUCGAUGGCAAACACUGAGCUCAAAGCAAGAAGCUCUGGAUCACAUCAAGGAUGUUUGUAUUCCUCAUCCAUGGCGUCGAUCCAUAUGCAUCGACAACUGUUCGAUCGGAUUCAUUUCGAUCUUUCCGUUCUCCGGGGAAGAACACAGGUUCAAGGCUAAUAUUGGAUACGGUGUUGCAGUCAAGUAUUGGGGACAUGGGAUUGCAACGAAAGCAUUGAAAAUGGCAGUGCCUCAGUUCUUUGCUGACUUCCCAGAUGUAGUAAGGCUUGAAGCAUUUAUUGAUGCACAAAAUUUGGGUUCCCAAAGGGUUGUUGAAAAGACUGGGUUUCAAAAGGAAGGGCUGUUAAGGAAAUAUGCAUAUAUGAAGGGCAAUUUAAGAGAUAUGUUUAUAUAUAGUUUCUUAUCAACUGAUCUUCCUGCUAACCCAUAAGAGCUUUCACUAGAUGAAAAUAGACCUCGUGCAUUUUCUUUUGUUUUAUUACCAGUAUGGUUUGCUUCUUGAUUUGAAAUUUGAAAAUAUGUUAUAGUCUCCGUAUAUAUAUUUAGAA